AAGAUGGCGGGAAAUUGAAGUGCAGUGUUUCGAGAAUAUUACUGUUACUAAAAUGCGAGGGUUUGUGAUUCUUAAACGGUUUCUGCAUUUAUAUGCAGGAUGCAAGAGGAAGGUAAUCAUUAAAGCUGGCGAUGACAUCACUGAUUUCUCUGUGGGUAGGCGGCAUGCAUCAUCUGUGUGGCGGGUACUGAUACUGUGUCGAGCUCACGACGUCUAUCUUAUAGAUGUACCCGACACUGAAUCACCCUCUGAGGUCAUAAGUGAUGAGAAGUCCAAGGAAGGAAAUCAGAGCAUAUUUUCAGACCUCCUUGACAAGGAAGAAGAUGGAGAAAUUACAGUUGUCCCUAUCUCUGAGAGUGUGAUCCACCUGAACUCCAAACACAUGUUUCUACAAAGUGACUGUCCCAUCAAAUAUAUUGACGUUGUGCGGAGCCUUCUUUUAACCUUAUCUUCAGGACUGGUAAGAAAAAUCAGAGCUUAUGAGCUGGAUAGCUUUCAGAACUAUAGCCAAGGCAACAACAAUCCAACGUUUGAAAUAAAGUGUCCAUCAUUACAAUUUGAUUCAGAAAAUGACAAGCUGGGACUCCAUGUGCUUGUAUCCAGUGUCGAAGACCCUGAUAAAUGGACGUCUAAAGAUGCCAUUCAGCUGCAUCAUACGUUAUUUACAGCUUUGUUCAAAACAGAAGCAGCAUUGCUUCAUUCACCUAUAAUUCUGUUCACUUUAAAUGGCUGUGUCUUCUGUCAUCAGAUGAAGACACUCUUAUCAGGGGAAUUAUGGGAAAUCCUGUGUGAUAUUGAAGGAUCUAUUGAAAGCAUUACGAAAGUGCAAGUUAAACCAAAAGAUGAUGGGAGUGAUCUCCCUUUUACUGAUCUUCAGCCUCAGGGUUCAAAAUGUUCUGAAGGACUUCUGGUCUGUUCUUCAACUGGGAAGACAGUUUUGGUACACAUUACCAACCUGAUGGUGGUGUUGUGUACGAUAUUAUUACACUUCCUGGUCCUGUUGUUUGUUGCGCAGGAUUUGAGUCUACGAUCUAUCACAGCACUGGGAAACAAAUAUACAAGCAUGUUUUCAUCAGAUGCAGCAAUCCACCAAAGGGAGGUAACUCAGUGGCUCUUGAGUCUGACUUGCUUCAUCAGACUUUUAUAGAAGCACUUGUCGUUGAUGGAGAAAGUCUGGAUUCAACAGGGAUCAAGUUGGUGUGUCAGAGUGCCCUUGGUGAUAUUCUGGUGCUUCCAGGUCAGAGUGAUCCAAACAGUAAACCUCUGGCACAUUUGGCUCAUUCCUUCGAAGAACUCCUAAUGGGGCUUGACACAACCAACAAGAGACACGCAGAAAUAUUCCAACAACAGAAACAGCUGAAUGACCUGAUCCACCAACUCAGCAUUGCCGGGCACAUCAUAACAAAUAAUUCCCUCAAAUCGGAGACUUUAACCAAAAAUGAUGUCACCCAUCCAGUUUCCUGCUCUUGCAGUGUCACAUCAACCAGAAAUGGAUACAAGGUGGACUAUGCCCUAGUCUGUAAGCUGACCAAUCACAGCCCCAUUUCACUGUCAUGUGACUGGAGUAUAAUGGUCGUCUUGGUAACAAAGAAUGAAUCAUAUACUGAAAGCAGAUCACAUGGUAUGGCUUUGUCACAUGGGUUAAAGUCAGGGUCUUGUAUGGAUAUGAGAGUUCCAAUGGAUAUAAGGUGUUUGUCAUCUUUAUAUUGUGAUGUUAAAGUGUAUCUUGUGUUGUAUUCCGAGUUACUAGGAGACCAGAUGUCAUUCAAGCUGAAUGCCUCUGUUCCAAAGACAUCAAGUUUAGGUCUACCUGCCCUUUUGAAAACUCAGAGGUUGGACAUUUUGUAUUAUCUACGAGAACCAAUCACAGAAGUUGUUAAUUCCACAACAGCCAUGUGCAAGAAACCUCUGUCCUCAUUGGUCAGUCAGCAGCCAAUGAGAAAACAAAGGAAUGAAGAAGAAGUUUCAAGUUCAAAACAGAUGUUGACAACAGAAAUUAGUGUUGGAAGGAUCAAGUUACCUCCUGACUUUGAAACAAGGUGUCAGGAAGGCGACGUGUGUGUGAAACUGUUGAAGUAUUUGCUGAUGGACUCACAAAUAAAUGUUGAAGCCAUCAAAAAAGGGCAGCUGCAGUUAGUUGAUCCAUGUGGGCAUGUGGUCAGUGUAUCCAUAGCAACUGAUCCCCACCAUGGUGGUGAGAGACUGACUGUACAACUUGGCUGUAGCAGAGUGGAGGUCUUGGCCCGAUGUAGAGCUGCCAUUGUACACAGAACUGAGACUGUUUGCUGUCCGGAUGAAACAGACCUGUGUGUGAAGGAUCUCCGACAGUACCUCACCAGACUGGAGAGCAUAAAAGGAGAGAUCCGUAGCUUGGAAGAACAGGCUGGUCGAAACUCGGAGUCUCCCGACACCAUCAGGAACUCUUUGUCUUCAGUAUAUGAAAAACUAAGGAAGAUACAAUUAUAGACAGACAGCUUUGUGAUGCUUCUCAACACUAUCAGGAGCUCUUGGUCAUCAGCAUCAUCUCUUUCUUUGUUUUCUGUACAUGAUGAACGAGGGAAGAAUACUGUUACAGAGAAAUAAAUGAAGACCCAUA